GAAGAAGAUUGCCGAAGAGCACGUGAGUAUCUCGGAGAUCUCUCCUGUCUGCACACGACAGUGGAGGCACCGCAAGAAAGUGCAGCCAGCGUUCGGCGCAGUGGACGCGGGGGGAAAGAGGGGGAAGCAGAAGAAAGCUCGCCUUUCUCGCACGCAUCCUUUCUCUCUUACAUUCAAAUCCCCAUCCUCCUUCCACUAUAGACGAAACAAUGGCACCCACUGCAGACACAACGAGCAGCAAGGCGCUGCAGGAAAACCUGACGCUCAAGGCCACGCACGAGGCCAAGCUCGUCCUCGUCAAGUCCGAGGCGCCCAAGCCCGGCCCUGGCCAGGCUCUCGUCCAUGUCCGGGCCACUGGCGUCUGCGGCUCUGACGUUCACUUUUGGCAACACGCCGGUCUGGGCCCGUGGAAGAUCACAGGCGAGACGGCCCUGGGCCACGAGAGUGGGGGCGUCGUCAUUGCCCUGGGAGAGGGCGUCACCAACGUCAGCGUCGGCGACAGGGUCGCCAUCGAGCCGGGCGUGCCCUGUGGCAAGUCGACGUGCUCCUACUGCAGGACCGGCCAGUACAAUCUCUGCCCCACCGUCGACUUCUACUCUGUGCCCCCCGCCGAUGGCACCCUCACGCGCUACCAUGUCCACCCGGCUGGCUGGCUGCACAAGGUGCCCGACACAAUGACGUUUGCCGAGAUUGCGCUCCUCGAGCCCCUCUCCGUCUGCCUGCACGCCACGAUGCGCGCAGAGCUGCGCCUCGGCAUGCCCGUCCUCAUCACGGGUGCUGGGCCCAUCGGUGUCGUACAGCUGCUCUGCGCCGAGGCGUCCGGGUGCAGCCCCAUUGUCAUUACUGAUCUCAGCAAGGAGCGCCUCGACUUUGCCAAGCAGCUCGUGCCCGACGUCGUCCCGCUGCUGAUCGACCCCAAGCGCGCGCCCAUCGACACGGCCCAGGACAUCAUCGCCGCCUUCACCCAGGCUACCCAGGGCGUCGGGGGCACGGGCAACAACGGCGAGGUGAUGCCGGCGGUGACGAUGGAGUGCACGGGCGUCGAGUCGAGCAUUGCUGUGGCGUCGUAUGCUACGCAGCCCGCAGGCUUGCUCUUCAUCAUUGGUGUGGGCAAGAGCGAGCAGACGAUCCCAUUUAUGCAUCUCUCGACCAACGAGAUCAACAUCAAGUUCCUCUUUCGCUACCGCGACACCUGGCCCCGCGCCAUCCGUCUCGUCGCCGCGGGCAAGAUCGACGUCAAGCGCAUCGUCACCUCGCGCUUCCCUCUCGAGCGCGCAAAGGAAGCCGUUGAGCACGCCGCUGACCGGUCCAAGUUCUCAGUCAAGACGCUCAUCAUCGAUGAGGACGAGUGAGGUUGUUUAGAAUAGAUGCUCUGGGACAAUCAAUGAUGUAUGCGCACCCCCUCUUCUUUACUACAAGACAAAAUUACAAAUACACUCGCUUGCCUGC